AGAACCUCUCCUGAUGUGUCGUGAGUGAGGUUGUUACGUAAUGGGUACAAUAUUAUCAAUCUUCAUAUAACAGAAAGAAUGCAUUCGUUUUCUCAUCUUGUUGACGUAGAGGAGUAGAAUCAUUUUCAUCAUGCGUUUCUAGUUUGUCUCUGUCUCAUUAACCCGGUUUAUUUUUUCUCGAAGGACAUCAGCGAAAAAUCGCGUAGUUCUCGUGGACUCUGCUUCCGCUACUUAACUCACUCCACGCUUCUCUUCACCAGGCAAAAUGACACUACCGAGAAACGGACGAGCCGUCGUGGGAGCGCUGACCGCAUUUUUUUCUUCAAGUUCUUCCCUUGACGGUAUCGGAAGGAAAAGUCUGAGUGAUGUUUUGCGGACGAAACUACUGCUAGGUAUAUAGAAAAAAAUACACCAAUGGUCGUGGGUUUCCGUAGAGGACGACGCUCACGUGAUUUAUAAUGGUGCGAUGCUCAUGCAAUCGCAAACAGCAACAGGACGCCACAAAAGAUAGAAGCGGGUCAGUCCAGAUUCAGAUAGAAAGAGAAUAGAGGUGAUUGCCUAAGCCUAUGUAUACUGUCUCUAAACAUGGUUAUGGCGAGGUGGGCAGCUGCAUCCAUAACCAUAUUCAUUCGAAAUUUUUGUUCUGAUGUUACAUAGGCCUGCAACCACAAGCAGCGCCAGUCCUCAAGAGGUCACUCAGUUCCCUUCCAUAGAACGGAAAGGCCCUGGAUCUUCUGCAAGCGGCGCGCACCAUUUCCAGCUUUUCGUUGUGGCCGUAGAAGAAACGAAGAUGAAGACCACGAAGACCAAGUGCAGCGACGACAAAGAUGAGAAAAACAAAAAAUCCAAGAAGAAAAGCAAAAAAGACGAAAAGGAUGACGAGGACGAAAAAAACAAAAAACACGACAAAAGCCUCGGAUGCAUCGACUGUGAGAACGAAGACGACGAGGAGGGAAGUGGAUCGAGCCCAUGGAGGUAUUGCAAUAAUUUCGGUCCUAUGCAUUUUUGCAAAAGUAUCUAUCGUACUAGUAGUGAUUGCAUCUUCACAAAUUCUGGCAAGAAGAACACGUAAGAUUUGUAAAUGUAAUGCUGAUGUAUAGAUAGGAGAUCUUUCUUGCAUGAGUGACUGCAAGAUUAACAAUAAGUACGAAUCCGACACUUUUGCAAAGCAUAUGCCCUCCCGGCUGGUCCGAAAACGAGUGGCGCGGCGAUGGCACUCAAGACGCCAAGAACGAAUGGUGCGCACAGGAGCUAUGUCUAGUGCAAACAUGUGGUUUGGGUCCGGAACGUUUUUGCGGACGUUUAGACUUAUAAUCUAUGCAGCUUAAGCGUUUGCAUGAGCAUGACUCAGGAGGCUUGCAAGGCCGCCUCAGCAUCUUCACCAGGAAGAAGUUUUCAGGACACGACUCGUCCAUGCCUACUAUCCUGCAUGCGAAAUCGGCCAUUGUAGUUCCGGCGACCAGCAAAACUGGGUACAACUAGCUUUUGGUGCUCUUGCACCACAGAAGAUUUCUCUGUCCUAGAGAUCAGCUAGCAUCCGAUUCCGAGAUUCGCACUCUACUACUUUCAGACCCAGACACUGUAUUUGCAAUGGAUAUGAGGUGAAUGGAAGCAAAGACGCUAAUGUGAGAUGGCGGAAAAAUUCACCCACGAAACUGAAAGUCGAGGAGACGCUUCUCGACUCGAAAGUCAAAAACGCUUGCUGUCAAGAGGGUGGGCGCUGGAGCUCGAAGAAUAAAAAUAACAAUAGCAUUGAUCCGCAAAGAUCUUCGACUUCGACGAAGGUGCUGGCAAUCGAAGAUCGGAAAACCUCGGAAGCCUUCCUGUAUGUUACAGAAAAGUACUUACACCCAUAUCGGAAAAAAUUGAGUCUGUUGUGCGGAUUUUUGUUUCACACACAUGGUCUUUGUCUUUCUGGCUGUUCAACAUGACAAACUUUUUCUAAACUGCAUAAUCCAAGCUUUUUCUGAACUGCAUGACAAUCUCUUUCUGUAAGUAAUUACUGAACUGCAUAAAAGAAACUUCAUCCAGCUGCAGCUGCAUGAGAGAAAUAGUAGACUUCCAUGUUUCUCGUGGUCUCCCCAUGACAGAGUUUUCCGUUUCUAUGGGUGUACUUUUCUGUAGAGUAUCCUCGAAAAAGCAAAAGCCAGUGAAGAUGACUCGGCCUUUCUGGAAGUGAAAGGAGGACGCUGGGCAGUAUCUCUCCCGUGAAGAAACUGAAGAUGAUUUUUGAUUCUUUUCAUGAAUUUGAUUUUGCCUAUUGUCUCAAAUUCUCUUUUUUAUAUUUGCAACGCAUUUCUAUUUCUGUUGUAUUCUUGUCUUCUUCACGCUUGUCUUCACUUCAAUUUUCAGUUUGCACACACUGAGGACGAGGAAAGUCAUCAAAUUGAAAUUCGUCCUGUGCAGAAAAGAAGAAUCGCAAAGAAGAAAUUCUCCAACAUCAUCAGUGAGUGAAGGGCCGAUUCACCGCGUCACUAUGAAAUUUUUUAUCUGAGUUAAUUCAUCUCCGUAGCUUCACGAUACCUCCACAACUUCAGUAUUGCAUUUAUUUUGCAUUUCCGUUUUGAUUUUUCAUUUUCGUAGAGUAUUGAUUUGAUUUCAACGUAAUAAAAUGACUCUGCUUGUUAUUGUUGUAACCUUACCACGCAUGCCAAUUAUAUCAUUUCAUUUGACAAAGGUCGCUUUAUUGCAUUCUGAUUCUUUCACCUUCACACAGAGGUAGCACAAGAGAUGCCGCGUGCUACAUGAUGAACCAUCAUCCUUACGACCGACCCCUGAUUCGUCUGUAGUAUAAAAUAGGUCUAACUCUAAAUACCUCGGUAGUAAAAUAAGCUACGCAUCGUUGACCUCGCUGAGCAGGCGGUUUGUUAACGCGUGUCGAUAGUACCCGG